CUACGCUGAGAAUACUACGGUGCUGGCUUGGCUUGGCUUGGCUGCAUACACAGGCACAGCAGCAGAGCUAACUGUAUAGAGUUCGCUUCUGACUGCACUGAUCUUCAUCCAGCUGCGGUGAGAAGGAAUUAAUCUCAUCAACCACUCAGUUGGGCAGAUCCGACUACAAUUGCGGAGUCUCGGCUAUUUGGGUUACCUAGGGUUUGAUUGCCGAUGGCUUUGUCGUGCUAAGAAGGUGUGAGAAACCUAAACCCUAGGUUUUGCGACGAUGGAGCCGAGAGUGGGGAACAAGUAUCGUUUGGGUCGGAAGAUAGGCAGCGGGUCGUUUGGAGAGAUCUAUUUAGGGACUCAUGUGCAGACGAAUGAGGAUGUUGCAGUAAAGCUUGAAGAUGUGAAGACAAAGCAUCCUCAAUUGCUGUAUGAGUCCAAGUUGUACAGAAUUUUACAGGGCGGAACUGGGAUACCAAAUGUGCGAUGGUUUGGUGUUGAAGGAGAAUAUAACGUUCUAGUUAUGGACUUGCUUGGACCCAGUCUUGAGGAUCUAUUCAAUUUCUGCAGUAGGAAAUUCUCUUUGAAGACGGUCCUCAUGCUUGCAGAUCAAAUGAUCAAUCGUAUCGAGUUUGUCCAUUCAAAAUCAUUUCUACAUAGAGACAUCAAGCCAGAUAAUUUCCUGAUGGGCUUGGGAAAACGUGCAAAUCAGGUUUACAUCAUUGAUUUUGGUCUGGCAAAGAAAUAUAGAGACAGCUCAACGCAUCAACAUAUUCCUUACAGGGAAAACAAAAAUCUGACUGGAACUGCGCGGUAUGCUAGCAUGAACACUCACCUGGGUAUAGAGCAAAGCAGGAGAGAUGAUUUGGAAUCUCUAGGAUAUGUCUUGAUGUACUUCUUAAGAGGAAGCCUUCCUUGGCAGGGACUGAAAGCUGGAAAUAAAAAACAGAAAUAUGAGAAAAUAAGUGAGAAAAAGGUUUCUACUUCGAUUGAGGCACUGUGUCGAGGUUACCCAACUGAGUUUGCAUCAUAUUUCCAUUAUUGUCGUUCGCUACGAUUUGAUGAUAAGCCAGAUUAUGCAUACCUUAAGAGAUUAUUACGAGAUCUCUUCAUUCGCGAAGGUUUCCAAUUCGACUAUGUUUUUGAUUGGACGAUAUUGAAGUAUCAGCAGACAGAGACAGCAACAGCUUCCCGCACUCUUGGUCCAAAUGUUGGGACAAGCUCAGGAUUCCCUCCUGCAGUUCCCGGUGGUGAUCGACUGCCGGGCGAGGAAGAGGGGAAGCAAGUCGGUACUUCCGCGGAUCCUUCUAGAAGAAGAAGCUCUGGACCGCCUGUAAAUGCCAGAAACUUUUCGAGACAGAAGAGCCCAAAUGCAAAUGAUUCUGCUAACAAAGACGCCAUGAUCUCGAACACUGCCCUCUUUGGGAAGUCCAGCGGACCACAGAGACGGGUUGCUAAUCCCGGAAGCCAAGACACCUUCAGCUUCCCCGUGGGAAAUGAUUCCAACCGCACUCCACCGGCCAUGAACAAAGUAUCAAGUGGCCAAAGAGUCUCGCCUGUAGGCAUGCCUUCCGACCCUUCCGGAAGGAUCAGUUCCAGCGCAAAGAAUUACGAUUCUGCAGUCAAGGGCAUGGAGAGUUUGCACUUUGACGACGAACAAAGGUACCGUUAAGCAUUUGCGCCAUUACAUCUAUGUAAAUCAUCAGACUUUAUGAUAUUUCUAUCGGUCAGUUCCCUUCGAUGAAAAUGUGCAUUAAACUUGUGAAAUCACUCCGCGUUUUUUUCUGUUGUUUUUAAAAAAACUGCGAGACUAUGCACAGAAAUUGUGAAAACCAGAGUAGCUUUGUCGAUGAUGCAUGUGGUGUGAGUCUUUGGUUUGCAUCAGACCUUAUUUUCUUGUGGCCUUGCUUAUAUGCUAUGCUACGACUGAAUUGUAAAAUUUGGCUACUUUGGCUUUUCACAAUGUUAUCGUCGACAUGUUUGAUGUACUUACUUAUGGUCUUGGUUACUUAAAUUUCAAUUCUUUAGCUCUUUUUACUAUU